UGAUUAGGGUUCGCCAACACUCUGAGUUUCUUCUCUCACGCCUCCUGUGCAAAACUCCCAUCGCGCGGCACAAUCUCUUCAUUCAAAGCCUCCAAUCAUGGCCGAGCAGACGGAGAAGGCUUUUCUUAAGCAGCCCAAAGUGUUCUUAUGCUCCAAGAAAUCUUCGAAGGGGAAGAGACCUGGAAAGGGUGGAAAUCGUUUCUGGAAGAACGUUGGAUUGGGUUUCAAGACCCCCAGGGAAGCCAUUGAAGGAACUUAUAUUGAUAAGAAGUGCCCCUUCACUGGAACUGUUUCGAUUAGGGGCCGUAUUUUGGCAGGCACUUGCCACAGUGCUAAGAUGAUCAGGACCAUCAUUGUUCGCCGGAAUUACCUUCAUUUCGUCAAGAAAUACCAAAUUUUAUUUUUUGUUAUAAAAUUUUAG